GAUCUGGCUGAUAGGACCCAACAAAACCACUUUUUAAAUCCUAAUGAUCGUAAUGGUGAUUGCAAUGAAAAUUUUAUAUUUUAGAAUUUGUAUAACAUGAGACAAUGUGUGAACCAAACUAUGGGAAUUACUUUAGUAGCUGAGCAUGAGAAUCAUUCAUCAUAGAAGUCUUACAAGAACACAGGUUAUGAUUUUCCUAUGGAAAAGGAAGUUUCAACAGUCAGGAUGUUAACAGGAAAAUGAGUAUCGCUCCUAUCCAGAUAUGCUGCUUCAGCUGGUUUCACUGCCACACCAAACAAUAGUCAACUUCCUUUACACUGCUGCCGAAUACCAAAAAUGCUCAUCUAAUCCUCCCUAGAAAUCUUUUUUUCAGAAACGUACAACUCCAUUGAACCACAAGAGGGAGCUAUAGACGGGCGGAUAAAACAUCGCAUUUUAAAACAACAUUUGUACCCGGAAAUAUAAAUUUAAAUAACUACAAGCAAAAUAAACUAAAUUAAUUGCUGUUGAUUAAACAAGUCAAAUAAAACAACUGAAAAUGUAAAAAUAUGAACGUAUCAUUAUCAGACAGCCAAACGAACAUCCAAUAAGUGGAAAUCCAUUCCGGGUUUUCCAAGCAGCACGAGCAGGUAACCUCUCCUCGCAGCGCUGUUUGUCGAGCAACCAAUCCAGUUCCAGACGCUACAGGUGGUUGGAAAUCUGUUCUCCGUGUCUUCCCAUGUACUUUCCCUUCACUUUUUCGGCUCGUCCCAGUGCUUUCAAAAAGCAUCAGCGGACACCAUCGCUAACGUCCCGGACUGCUUCUGCAUCUUUUAAAAUCAUGGCGGGACAUUUUCUUUUCAGAACUUUAUCUUGUGGAAACUUUCGGAACGCACUGUUUGGAUAAUAAAACGUGUCAUCCCGUCGUUCUUUUACGUUUAAAUCGGCUUUAAAAUGCCUUUCCCCCAGAGAACCGUUGAGCCUCAGCUGGUGAGCAGGUUGAGGGUGAGCGUAGCCUCCGAGAAGACCUUCAUCACACCGGACGGUCGCAGAGUUCGCAAUCCAGUUUUGUCUGAUUCUCUGGAAGAAGUAUGUUGUCGCACACUCAUCGGAAUUUUGCAUCAACUGUCUGAUCUAUCGCGACAUGCCAGUGAAAUAUUCCUCGGAAUUGAGACUCAGGCGGGGUUGGUCUCGCAGAGGGCAACGAGGAUCCAAGUGCGCCUGGAGAGGGUGCAAACCGUCGCGCGCAAGCUUGAUGCCCAAAAAGUUAAAAUACCUGUGUCUAAUUUGGAUGAAGAGAAAAAGUGGACCGUGCACUACACUGCUCCAUGGCACCAACAGGAGAACGUUUUUCUGCCGGGCUCUAGACCUCCCUGUGUGGAAGACCUGCACCACCAGGCCAAAGUUAACCUGAAAACAGCCCUCAGAGAAUGUGAUAAACUGAGGAAAGAUGGUUUCCGCAGUUCACAGUACUACUCACAGGCCCCCACCUUCUCCGGCCCCACACAAUCAGAACAUGAGGACGAGGACAAUGAAGCUGAUGACGCUGAUAGAAAGUCCACAGCAUCUUCAGGAGAGGAAGAGAAGGACAAAAUGAGAUCACAGAGUCCAACGCAGGUGGAGGGAGUUGAGGUUGAUGGAAAACGUUCAAGGACCAAACCCCCACACCUGCCCACUCCAGAGGAGAAGAUGAGGCAGCAGGCCAAGUCCGUUCUCACGGAUAUUGUUCCCAUCAAUGUCACAGGCGAGACGUUUGACAGGCAGGCCAGCGUCCGCCGCUCCCUAAUAAACACUGACACUCUGACCCGCCGGCCAAAGAAGGUUAAGCGGAGAAAGACUAUAUCAGGGGUUCCUGACAGCAUCCAACUGGAACUAGCGGCGAAAGGGCGUGGAGGAGAGCUUCGACCACAGUCCAUGUUUAUCCCUGGACAGUAUUCAACACUCGGGAGAGUCGGAAAUGGGAAUUCAACUCUUCGUCGGUCCGACACGAAAGAUUCUGGCUGCCAGACUGAGGAGGUGAAGAUCGUCCCACCCUCUAUGAGGAGAAUACGUGCUCAGAGGGGCCAAGGAAUUGCUGCUCAGAUGGCUGGCAUCUCCAACUCAGCCACCAACAUCUCGUCUAUUUCAGAUGAAAGCUCUCCUGGACGUCCAGUAGUUGCAAUGGCACCACAGUUUAGAAAUAAUACUCAACGUUUCCACAGCUUGCCGCGAGGUGCACGGGUGUCUCUAAAUGCAAGCCCCCUUUAUAGUAGCACCCCCUUUGGGGAUGGAGAUUCCACAACACCUCAUCAGAUUAGAAAAUUACAGGUUGAUGAUACUGUGGUGCACAUGAGGAAUGCCCCCAGGGCAGCCCGCCCGAAAUCUCAGGAGGUGAGAGGAAGUCAAAGAGAAUGGAACUCUGGUCCUGCUUGUGUAGUUUCUCCACAUGCUGCCUACUCAACGUCACUGAUACCUAAUGCCACUUUGUCAUGUUCUUCUGAGGUAAUUGCACUUCACACUCCAUCAAGUCCUGGCCAGAGCCCAAUCUCUGGAUCACCAUUCCCUAAAGGUAGACCUCUCAGCAUGGUCUCUACUGUCAACAGCUCAAGCACCAGUAGUGUGGCAACAGGUUCCCACACACCAGAAAGAGACAGGGAUACCUGUAGUGAGACCGGCAGGUCAGAUAGCAGUCUGCACAGCCAUAGCACAAUUGCAGCCGGAACAAUGUCUUCAGACGAGCAAUGGAUUUAUGACACCCCUGAGAAUGUGUUGCCCAGAAGGACGCUGACUUCCAGCUGCUCCACACCUGUAAAUCAUCAAUAUAGCAGCCUUGAGCGCUCCUCAAAAGGCACUGACUCUAGUUCGCUCUACUCGAUGGACAAUGAUGGCUACUACACUUCCAUGCAUUUGGAUUCAGGCCUUAGAUCAAGAAGCCAGGGUAGUGGCCAUGGUCAUGGAAUAGGAGGCAGGGCAGCAAGACAUAGUAUGUACGAGUGCAUUGGUCAGCAGGAUGAUAGAUCCAGCCUGUACAGCGACCGUUCACUGUCACGUUCCAUCUCCCUUCGCAAACAAAAGAAGCCGCCUCUUCCCCCAGCACGCACAGACUCUCUGCGACGAAAGCCUAAGAACACCGGCACUCCAGCUAGCAAUGCAUCUAUUCUGAAUGAGUCCUUGAUUGCAACACUCCAACAGUCGUUUCAGAACGGGCGGAAAGGGAAAGGAUCCUCCACCUCACCAUCCCAUAGUCCCUGCAGUGACUAUGACGACCCUUGGAUGCUACGUCCCAGGAGCCAGAGUAGCAUCAGUGUAGGCAGCAGUAACGUAUCGGCAGCCGGGAUGGCUAAUGUUUACUCCAUCUGUCACGUGACACCAUCUCACAGCGAUACAAGUAGUCUGCGUUCCGAUUAUGCUGAUUCUUGGGGCUACUACAUGGAAUACCCUCGUCCAUCUGGUGACCACACGCAGUCACCGUCCAAAUCUGCCGGACAAGCAGUUGAGAUUGCAAAUGGAGGAGGCCUUGAAAAUGAUUCACGGAAUUCUCUUCCUCCCGCCCGGGACGGAAGUGUAGUGUCUGUAAAGCCAACAACAGGCACCUCAUCACCAGACAGGGUGCAUCGGUUGACUUCUCCAUCAAGUGGAUACUCAAGUCAAUCAAACACUCCAACAGCUGGCACUCCUGUGCCCUCAUUCAUGAGGUGCAUGUCCCCUUCAGGCAACAAACGCAAACCCAAAGUACCGGAGAGAAAGUCAUCCUUGCUCUCAUCUGUAUCCAUCUCAUCUUCCUCCACCUCUCUUUCCUCAAACACCUCUGAUUCCACCAGGAGCAAUGUUCCUCCACCGCCUCCUCUUCCAACUACCAUUGCUCUUGUAUCUCACAACCCCCAAUCCUUUCCUCCCCCCAGCCCUGUUUGGGGUACAAGGCAGAUAAUUCCACCUCCACUUGUCUUACCCAUGACGCCCCAUCAACAAGCAUUCAUUAGCCCAUCUUCCCCAGAAUUUCCACCCCCUCCACCUCCAGAUGUGUUGUUUAAUGACCCUCCCUUGUCAGACCUCAAUAUUUCCUUAAGCCCUCCACCUCCACCACCACCUCCGUCUUGUCCCACCCUCCCUGCUUAUCCUUCACCCCAAAUUCCUCUCCUAUCCAGCACAACACCACCUGUACCUUCCUCGGCUUGCUUGAAGGAAAUGAAGGGCAGCCUGAAGCCGGUAAACACAGAGAGAUGGUCCGAAGCCACGCAUUCUGAGGAGCAAAGUAAAUUCGGUGUGCCACUGAUAACCUCCUUUGCUCUCCAAAGUGUCCAACUUCGCUCUGUGAAACGGAAAGGGAAUAGUAAAAUUAGCAGCUCUGAAUCUCAAGAAAUAAUGGCUGAACAGAUGACCGCUAAGAUACCAGAGAAGUCUCAAAAAACAGAGCAUCCCACAGUUCCUCAGGUUUCUUGCUUACCUCCAACUAUGAAUGAGAAACAAAGACCAUCAUCUCCACUGAAAAAAAGCCAGGAUAGUCAUAUUGAAGCACGACAAUCCAGCCUUACAAAUGGGCCUGUAGAUUUUGGUGUUGUUAGGGCGCCAGACAAACUGGAUGGUCUUCAAAGCACCCUAUCAUCAACGGGGGAAGCAUCACAAAACACUUCACCCAAGAAAAAGCCUCCUGUAAUAUCUAAAAAGCCCAAGAUCUCUCUAACAUUUAAAACAAUAAACUAUGCAUCAUCUAUAGAUGAAGAUGCCAGUGAAUUGCUGAAUGCUCAAACUGAGGAGAACGUUUCUACAACUGCAACAGAAUUCCAGGAACCCACACCCGUUUCUCAAGAGGAGGACAAGAAACCAGAUAAUGAUAAAAGUGUCAGUUCUGUACUUCUUGGGGAGAUGAGAGAAAUUUCUCUGACAAAUCUUGAACCCCAAGAGAUUUCCCAGCCUCUUGAAGAAGAGGAGGAAGAUGAUUACGAAGAUGCAACCAGCAGCACAGGAUCUGUUGGCUGUAAAGAUGAUGAAAUUGCAGGCGAUGUGUUUGAGACCAGCGCGAUAGACCCUGCUGAAUCUCCCAGCAUUAACGGUGACUCGUGUGGGGACAUGGUAACCCCCACUCGGCCCCGGACCACCGAGGACCUCUUCGCUGCCAUUCACAGGUCAAAGCGGAAGGUCCUCGGACGCAGGGAAUCCGAAGAGGACCAGACACGAGGCCCCCAGUCACCGCCGAUCACCCCAACAGGCACGCCCCCGAGCCAGACUUCCUCUUUGACCCGUCAAUCAGGUUCGAUCCAGCGUAACCUCCGCAAAUCAGCGACCAGCAGCGACACGUUCAAAGCUCUCCUCCUGAAGAAAGGCAGUCGUUCUGAGACCAGCUUCAGAAUGUCUGCUGCCGAGAUGUUGCGCAGCACCGACCCACGCUUCCAGAGGACGCGCUCUUUAGACUCCACAUUUGACCCUGCCUCUCCAACUACGCCGACACCCGACAGCCCCUACGGUUCUCCAGGCCGCAGCAAGAGGGCGGUCGACGACUGGCCGCGAUGCUCAUCGGGGUCACCCUUCGCGACAUCACCGUCGCUGAUUGGUCCAAAGUACGGCCGAUCACGCACGCCCCCCUCCGCUGCCAGCAGCAAGUACAAUGCCCGCAGUCGAAUCCUCAGCAGCCCAAUGACUGUUAUUUGCGAGAGGGAUGGAGAACUCACGGAAAGUGGAGAUUACUUAGAAGAGCCAUGUCCUGUGUCUCCGGUACAGCGGCCUCUUCCCAUCUAUCAGGAUGCUAACAGCACUUUAUGUGAGCAGAGCAGCAGUUAAGACUGAACAUGGUUGUCUCCAGGUGUAGAAAUGGCAGAAUGUCAAUACAACACCAGAAAUCGACCGAGGCUGGAGGCCGGGAGAGGUUGAACUCUGUGAAAGGAAUGGCCAGCCGCCGUUCCAGGCAGUGUCCUCAUGUUAUAGUGUGGACUAAGGCAUGCUGGGAUCUGAGGUAGCUCCGCCAGAUCAGGCGGUCAGAUCAAGCAGUAGGCAGAAUACACUGUAUGCGUAGCUUUCCAGAAAAAACUUUCUUUUGAAGGAAAAUCUGCUUUCAAUGGCAAUACUAGACUCCUCUUUCCAAAGCCUGGCAGUUACUUUUGUUAUUUUGUUCAGCUUGUUUUUAACUCUUUACACUUCAACAGAUUUGUUUUGGUGAAGCAGUUGCCACGCAUGUGAAGGAAUUACUAAGUGAAUAAGUGUUCUCGUAGUUCAAGUUGAUGGCAAAGUGCUGAACGCGAUUGUUUUCCGCAUUGUUGGAAAAUAGAAAUCCAGGUGUGUCUUAAAGUUUACCGAGGCUGCUUUUUUAGCACCCUUAUGUUUUUUAAUAUGCUGGUUUUUAAAGAAUUUAACAGAUUUUUCCCGCACUGUUCGUUGUUCAGCCAAGUGUCCAGAUUGAAAAAAGGAAUCGUGUCAUGAGAGACUGGAGUAACGGUUUGUUUGUGAAAAAAUAUUUGAUUUUCGGCAUGUAGGUUUGCACUGUUCAUCGUCUCAUUUUUUGUGUGUUUCUCUUAAAACAUUGUGUCUGUGUUCAUUAUUUUUAUUUUCGAAAGUUCAUUCUGACAUAGGACUUACUUGAAACAUGACCGGUGUACUCGUAAUUGUUUGGUUACCAAAGACUUGCAGUCUAAUUUGCUGUUUGCCCACUAAGACUGAAAGCAGGGUGUUUAUUCGACAGAGAGAGAAGAUGUUCUGUUCUUUUGGCUUGUGGUGAUAAAGACAAGCUUUGACGUAACCACGGCUUAAUAACUAACUCUCUCCUGUUUACCUGUCAAACGUGUUUGUUCCUUGUGCAGUUUUAUAAUGUUUUUAUGUAUAUACCUAAAGAAAUGUUAAGUAACACCUGAACUUAUUUUCAAAGAGUUUUUACAUUUUAGACACCUUUGCUAGGAGUGGCUAUCUUUUUGUAGAGUAUUUAUUUUAGAAUAGCCAGAAUGUGGUUUGAUAUACUGUAGUGUGGGAGGUGAAUGUGUGAUUAAACACGGUUCAUUAUGAAAUCAAAAUGUCUAACCUGUUCCUUCAGCACUCAGAAAAUAAAAUCAGGAGAAAGAGCUAAAUGAACUCAGCAGCUUACCCUCUGGAGUACGUCUCUGUAAUAAAACAUGGUGAUAUUUAAAAAUUG